AUGGCACCGUUUGAGGCACUCUACGGCAGAGCAUGUAGAUCUCCUAUCUUAUGGGACAAGGUCGGUGAACGUCAACUCUUAGGCCCUCAGAGUGUUCAGCAGGAUGCUGAGCUAGUACGAACUAUUAGACAGAGAUUGUUGACUGCUCAGAGUCGGCAAAAGAGUUACGCAGAUAGAAGACGAAGAAUGUUAGAAUUUGCGGUAGGUGAUCACGUAUUUCUUCGUGUUUCACCCAUAAAAGGGGUUAAGAGAUUUGGGUUAAAAGGGAAGUUAGCACCCAGAUUUAUCGGACCUUUCCAGAAUCUUGAGCGGAUUGGUGCUGUUGCAUAUCGACUUGCGUUACCCCCAGCUUUAGCAGGAGUACAUAAUGUCUUUCAUGUUUCUAUGCUGCGGAAGUAUGUUCCGGAUCCGACACAUGUCUUGAAGGAUCUUAUAGUUCCCCUACAGUCUGAUGCGACAUACGAAGAAUUCCCUGUUCGUAUUCUAGAUCGCAAGGAACAUCGGCUGAGUAACAAAUGCCUCCGUCUCGUAAAGAUUGGGUGGCAGCACCACUCUGAUCAAGAAGCAACUUGGGAGCGUGAGGAGGACAUGCGUAUCAGAUAUCCUCAUUUAUUUCCCCCAGAAGUGAAACCGCAGCAUCUCACUCCUCUUCUCCAGCACGAGACCUCCUUCUCCUUCAUCCUCACCAACCAGCAAGAGGGACGCAAGCAACAGCCCUCCCUUCCCUCUCUUCUUCCUUGUUCUCCUGCAUCUGGGCAGCACCACCGGAUCUCCGCCGGAGCUAGCUGUGGUCACGCCGAACUCGCCGAGGUCACUGCAACCAUCAGAGCUCGCCGCAACUUGCUGGAGUUGCCAACAAAGAGGGGAAGAGAACCCUAA